UCACACUCCAACUUGUCUGCUGCUCAUUCGACCUCAGGAGAGCAGCAAUUUAUCCCAUCCCCCAUUCACCUUCUUCUCCCGGUCCUUUCCUUAGCCAAAACCACUUUUUGUGCUUAGCCGCUCGCUUUCUCUUCCUUCAACUUUCUCCUCUUCUUCUUUCUUGUUCCCCCCCCCCUUUUCUCCCCACGUUCUCUCCUUAUUUAGCCCACCAUGUCGUCGGCUUUCAACGCGAUCAAGCUCCGUCGCAAGAAGAAUGUCAAGAAGGGUAUCCAGUUCUGUUUGAUGGUCUGCGGUGCCAGCGGAACUGGCCGUACUACCUUCGUCAACACCCUCUGUGGCAAGCAAGUUUUGGAGGGCAAGGAUGCCGACGAUGCUGCCAAUGCUCAUGUUGAGGAGGGUGUCCGCAUCAAGCCGGUUACGGUCGAGCUUGAAUUGGAUGAUGAAGGCACCCGAAUCUCUCUCACUAUCGUCGACACCCCCGGCUUCGGUGACCAGAUUGAUAAUGAAGCAAGCUUUGGUGAGAUUGUUGGAUACCUUGAGCGCCAGUACGAUGAUAUCCUUGCCGAAGAAUCACGAAUCAAGCGAAACCCCCGCUUCAGGGACAACCGUGUCCACGUCCUUUUGUACUUCAUCACACCGACUGGCCAUGGCCUCCGUGAGCUGGAUAUCGAAUUGAUGAAGCGUCUUUCGCCUCGUGUCAACGUCAUCCCCGUCAUCGGAAAGGCCGACUCCCUCACUCCUGCCGAACUGGCCGAGUCCAAGAAGCUGAUCAUGGAGGAUAUCGAGCACUACCGCAUCCCUGUCUAUAACUUCCCUUACGAUAUCGAGGAGGAUGAUGAGGACACCGUGGAGGAGAACGCCGAACUACGUGGACUUAUGCCAUUUGCCAUCGUUGGCUCUGACGACUUCGUGGAAAUCGAUGGCCGGAAAGUACGGGCCAGGCAAUAUCCUUGGGGUGUUGUUGAGGUUGAAAACCCUCGCCACUCUGAUUUCUUGGCCAUCCGAAGUGCUCUUCUUCACAGCCACCUUGCGGAUCUGAAGGAGAUCACCCAUGAUUUCCUUUACGAAAACUACCGUACCGAGAAGCUCAGUAAGAGCGUUGACGGUGUCUCUUCUGCCCAAGAUUCGUCAAUGAACCCAGAAGACCUAGCAUCCCAGUCCGUUCGCCUGAAGGAAGAACAACUCCGUCGUGAGGAGGAGAAACUCCGCGAGAUCGAACUCCGGGUGCAGCGUGAAAUUGCUGAAAAGCGCCAGGAAUUGUUGGCUCGUGAAAGCCAACUGAGGGAGAUCGAGGCUCGUAUGGCGCGCGAGUCUAGCAGCCAGGACGUCGCCAAUGGUGAUGCUUAAUUCAAACUUGUCAAAGACUAGUCUUACGUUGCGCGUUUGGCACCGACCGUGUCGACGUAAUGGAAUUUAUGGCGCGGCGGUUG